GAUGGAGUAUUUCAAUUUUCUAGUGGCAGCUAUUUUUAAGGGGGGAAAGGAACAGUGUAAAAAUGGGGGAUAUCUUGGUUUCUUCCAUUAAAUUUCUCAUAUUUUAUGUAUUUUUCAAAACAUCCAGCUGUGCCAUAGUGCAGGGGCCUGUACAGUACACAUAGGUUUAAACCUGCAACACACAGCCCAGGGGGAGACAGGUGGGUAUGUGGCAGCCACCACUGGGUGGGCCAUGGCCACCUGCCAUUCUGAGCUGUCACAGGAGGUGAUGUCAUAAAGGAGUCACCGGCCUCAGCACCUUGCAGGAGAACUCCCGUGAAGCAAGAAGACAGAAAACAAACCACUAUCCUAGCGCCACAUUUCCUGUAAGCCAGGCAGGAAGCAGGGCAUGGCAUCCAGCCUUCUGUGAGCUCAGCUGCCUGUUGGGGACAAUGAGUGGGAAUGGGAAGCUGAGGCAGGGUGCAGGGUCCUUCCUGGGUGGCUCUGACGACCCCAGCAGCAGCAGCAGCAGCAGCACCAGCAUCCCUGUGUUGCUACCAGAGCACCGGAACCCAGGUGCUAAUGGGUUAACUCGGUCAUGGAAGGUUAUCCUAAGUAUAAUGCUUACGUUGACUUUUCUUCUUGUUGGAUUUCGAAAUCAUCAGUGGCUUAAAGAAACACAGUUUCCUCAGAAAUACAGACAGUUAUAUGCCGUAGUCGCAGAAUAUGGUACAAGACUUUAUGAUUACCAGGCCAGGAUGCGCAUGCCCAGGGGACAGCUGGAACUUCUAAAGAAGGAAAGCCAGGCUCUGGAGAACAAUUUCCGUGAAAUUCUAUUGCUAAUUGAGCAGAUGGACCUUCUGAGGGCUCUGCUCAGGGACAUGAAGGACGGCGCAGACCAUGACAGUGGGAGUCGCCCCGGGGAUGUCACCCAGGACCAGAACGGCGCUGAGGUGCCGGAAGAGGAAAUGUUCACCUUGGUAAAUUAUGUACUUAAGAAGUUGAGAGAGGACCAAGUGCAGAUGGCGGAUUACGCUCUGAAGUCGGCCGGGGCCUCCAUUGUUGAAUCUGAAACCUCGGAAAGUUACACAAAUAAUAACACAAAACUGUACUGGCAUGGGAUAGGGCUCCUAAAUCAUGAAAUGCCACCAGAUAUCAUUCUGCAGCCAGAUGUCCACCCUGGAAAGUGCUGGGCCUUUCCGGGCUCCCAGGGUCACAUCCUAAUCAGGCUCGCCCGGAAGAUCAUCCCAAUGUCCGUCACCAUGGAGCACAUCUCAGAGAAGGUGUCGCCUUCCAGAAACACGUCCAGUGCACCCAAGGAGUUCUCUGUCCAUGGUCUUAUGAAGAGAUGUGAAGGAGAAGAAAUUUUCCUAGGUCAAUUCGUCUAUAACAAGACAGAAACCACCAUUCAAACAUUUGACCUGCAGAACGGAGGAAUCUGAAACAAACUGGAGAUGGGUUCCUGCGCCCGUGCUGUGAGGAGAGGAUUUCUCCAUGGACGUCAGCAUCUUUCCAGUGGGAAACCAGCUCCACAGGACUUCAGGAGUCUCAGAGGGGCAAAGUUCCAGGCCAUGUAUGGACUCAGUGACAGUGUGGUCGUCACAGUAACACUGGAUUUGACUCAAGACUAAAAACAUAUGGAUGUCUUUUUAGAAUAAGAAAGCUACCUGUUUUUAUUAGUGCAUAAAAUAUGAACAAACAUCUAACUACACAAACCGGGCACGUGGGCAAGAAGCCGCCUUCCUGCUAAGUCCCAGGGAAGCAGGAGCCACGUGUCGGGGAGUUGGGGUUGGACACCAGCAGUCCCUUCAGUGUGGGCUCCUCAGGGUCCAGACAGGUGGCCUGGGGAUGGCAGAUCUGUCAGCUGGGUGCACAGGGACCCGAGGCUCAGUGGCUCCUGUGGGGAUGGGGGGACAGGGCUGUGGCUUUGAGUUCCAGGAGCAGGGAAGAAGGAUCCUGACUCCAAGGACCCAGGGGACCAGCAGGCUGGGUGUGCUCAGGGCAUGAGAGCUUCCUGGUACAGCCCCAGGGCAGGGCAGGGGACAAGGGCCCCCAGCCCCUGGGGCAGGAUGGAGCUGUGCCCGCUCUCCAGCCGAGGCAGGCCAGUCCCUGUCCCCAGCAGCUCGUCCUGCCCCUACAGCAGGUUGGGCAACCAGCAGGGAGGCUGGGGAGGGCAGGGUGCAUGCCCAGCUCUGCCUCCUCCUCACAGACACAGAUCCUGGGUGCACACGGCCCUACCAGGGCAUGAAGGACAGGGCCACCCCAUUCUGGUCACCAGCCUGAAGGCAGACGGCCUGUGUUCUGCUUCCUGCUCCUGGACCCAGGGCCCUCCCUCUAAGCCCACUCAUGCAGCCUCCUAUCCCUGGCACACAGUGGUCCAGGGUGUCCCGUCAGCCUCCUGGGCGCAGGGUUUGUGGGCUUUGUCUGGUAGGGGACCCCAGAUAGGUUUACUGGGCACUCAGGGCCCCCACCCCCGUGCACUUUAGGGCAUCAGAGGCACACAGCAAAUAUGUGGCAUGAGGUGGAGCUCGAGGGGCAGCCUGUGUGCAUGGCCUCCAGGCAGGUGGCCCUGGGGACCCUGGCGCUGUCCCCAAGGGGCGGGGUGGAGGUGGCAGCAAGCACAAGAUGCCUGGCCCAAGACCAGCACCCACAGGGUUGCUUGUGGGCGCAGCACAGUGAGGGAGCCGGCAGCUUCCGCCCUCAGGGUCCUGCCCAGGCCUGCGUCCCGGGCACAGGAGGAUGGCACUGGCUCAGCGACAGCCAGGGUGUUCCAUGCUACUAGAGAACGGACCACAGCCGCUGCCUCCCCUGGCUGUGCAGACCCUCAGUCCGGGUCCAGAGGCCCAGCACCCGCCUCUGGCUUUGCCCAACGGGAAGGGAGCAGGAGAAAAAUCCCCAAAGACAGCUGUGCACAGCCGCCUCCCUUCAGCACUGCCAAAUAAACACGGCUCCUGUACAAGAACGACUGGGGCGCUCUUUUCAGUACCUGGGAUUGGGUGUUUCGCUGGCGGGGCGGAUGCUGGCACCACUGCAUGAAAUUUAGCUGUUAGUAAAUGGUGAGACGAAGCUGAGACUUACGAUGGGAUGUUUGUCUCUGCCGUGGAGACCAUGGGUAAAGGGCUCUGUUGGCCAGUUUUAUACAUCCAGUUACAAACAAGUGUGAAACAGUACCCGAAAUUAGCAUUUUCACACCUGCCAAGGCCCUUCGCUUUCCUGGACAGAUCCAUCAGCACCUAAGGUCCUGCCAACAGGCAAGAAAGAGAAAAAGGAGGCAUGGAGGGCCGGGGAUUUAGCUCAGUGGUUCCACCGCCUGCCUCAUAAGUGCAA